AUGGAAAUUUGGUUACCUAUAGCAGAUUCAGAUAAAUUAGUACCUAAUAUUGGACAUAUCAAGAACAAUAAAGUUGCGCAAGCCUUUAUCUCUAACCCAAAAAAUAAGCCUUAUGUUAACCACAUUAAUGGUGUCAAACAUGAUAAUCGGGCUGUCAAUUUGGAAUGGGUAAUCCCUCAAGAGAAUUCAGAAUGUAAAAUAUUCCCAAAUAUUGGUCGUGCUAGCAUUUCAAAAUUUUGUAGCAGAAAGCGAAAUACCGCUGGUGGAUGGUGUUGGAUGUAUUAUGAAGAUUAUAUAAAACAAGAUCUCAAUGAAGAAUGGAGAGAAAUAGAACUUGAUUCACGAAAAUUCAGAGUUUCAUCUCUAGGAAGAGUUCAAUUAACUAAUGGCUUGACCACUAAAGGAUCAUUAUAUGCAGGGUAUUACAGAAUCGGCCAUGUUCACAAAUAUUGUGUUCACCAUUUAGUGGCAUUAGCAUUUUGUCCCAAAGAAGAAGGCAAAGAAUUUGUGAAUCACAUUGAUGGUGAUUCUACCAACAACAAAUCGUUUAAUCUCAAAUGGUUUACACCAAAAGACAAUGUACAACAUGCAGCGUGUCUCAGGCCUUGGGAUGGUUGGAUGUGUCAGUGUGCUGUCAAACAGAUUUUUGAUGAUGGAUCUUUCCGAAAAUUUCCAUCCUUAGCUGAAGCAUGA